AUGGAACCCCCGCGGCCGCUCCCGCACCCGGAGCCCGCAGGAGCCCCCCCAAUUCCCCCCCUACUUGGCAUCCCCGAAACCUCUCCAUCCUUGAGUCCUCCUCCUACCCUUCUCCACCACCUGACCCCCUGCACCUCUGCAGCCUCCCCACCGGGCCCGGGGGGGCAGCGGGGGGGCCGGCGGAGCACGGACCACUGUGAAUCACGGGCAUCGCGCCCGGGCCGGAGCCGAAUCCCGGGUCGGGACCACCGCCGUUACUACCAUGAGCGUUGGCGAGCCGAAUACUUGAUGGAGUUCAAUGCGGCGCGGCACGGGAUGCUCUGCAUGGUCUGCGGGAGCGCCCUCGCCACCCUGAAGCUCAGCACCAUCAAACGCCACAUCCGUCAGAAGCACCCUUACUCUGGAGCCUGGGGGCCUCGAGAGAAGCAGCUCAUCCUCCGCUCCUGGGACGCUCACCUGGGGCCCCACGCUGACCCCGACGUGGUCCAGAGCGGCGGCCGUGGGCCAGGCUGCCCCCCCCCUCCUCCCCACCGCCGAGGCCGUUUCCGUCCCCCGUCCCCACGAGGCACCAAAGCGGCGGUGGGGGGGGACUCGCUGCGGGGCUGGCUGCGGGCGGAGCUGCUGCUGGACCUGGAGGCGGGCGGCAGCCGCCUGCGCUGCCUCCUGUGCGCCCGGGCGCUGCCGUCGCUGCACCUCGGCGACAUUCGGCGACACGCCUUGGCCGCGCACCCC